ACCUCGCUUGGCUCUCGGCUUGGUCUCCGGAGUGCGCUCACGCCCAUCCUCUCUGUUCCUCUCCGUUCUCGCCUAGCACCGCCAGCCUCGCUCCAGCGCCUGUUGCCUCUCCCUCUCCCUUGGGCAGGUGACAGCAGGGACAUGUCUCGGGAACUGCAGGACGUGGACCUGGCCGAGGUGAAGCCUUUGGUGGAGAAAGGGGAGACCAUCACCGGCCUCCUGCAGGAGUUUGAUGUUCAGGAGCAGGACAUCGAGACUCUGCAUGGCUCCAUCCACGUCACGCUGUGCGGGACCCCCAAGGGAAGCCGGCCCGUCAUCCUCACGUACCACGACAUCGGCAUGAACCACAAAACCUGCUACAACCCCCUCUUCAACUCUGAGGACAUGCAGGAGAUCACCCAGCACUUCGCUGUCUGCCACGUGGACGCCCCUGGCCAGCAGGACAGCGCGGCUUCCUUCCCCGUGGGGUACAUGUACCCAUCCAUGGACCAGCUGGCCGAGAUGCUGCCGGGGGUCCUCCACCAGUUUGGGGUGAAGAGUGUCAUUGGCAUGGGGACCGGGGCUGGCGCCUACAUCCUCACUCGAUUUGCUCUGAACAACCCCGAGAUGGUGGAGGGCCUGGUGCUCAUCAACGUGAACCCCUGUGCCGAGGGCUGGAUGGACUGGGCGGCCUCCAAGAUCUCCGGAUGGACCCAGGCCCUUCCGGACAUGGUGGUGUCCCACCUCUUUGGGAAGGAGGAGAUGCAGAACAACGUGGAGGUGGUGCAUACCUACCGCCAGCACAUCCUUAACGACAUGAACCCGGGCAACCUGCACCUAUUCAUCAACGCCUACAACAGCCGGCGGGACCUGGAGAUUGAGCGGCCGAUGCCGGGAGUGCACACGGUCACCCUGCAGUGUCCUGUGUUGCUGGUGGUUGGGGACAAUUCUCCCGCCGUGGAUGCUGUGGUGGAGUGCAACUCAAAGCUGGACCCAACCAAGACCACCCUCCUCAAGAUGGCGGACUGUGGCGGCCUCCCGCAGAUCUCCCAGCCAGCCAAGCUCGCGGAGGCCUUCAAGUACUUCGUGCAGGGCAUGGGAUACAUGCCCUCUGCCAGCAUGACCCGCCUGAUGCGGUCCCGCACGGCCUCGGGCUCCAGUGUCACGUCCCUGGAGGGGUCCCGCAGCCGCUCCCACACCAGCGAGGGCACCCGCAGCCGCUCCCACACCAGCGAGGGCACCCGCAGCCGCUCCCACACCAGCGAGGGUGCCCGCCUGGACAUCACCCCCAACUCCGGCUCCACUGGGAACAGCGCGGGGCCCAAGUCCAUGGAGGUGUCCUGCUAGGCGGCCUGCGCGCCCCGCCGCCCCCUGGACUGUGGGACCAUAGUAGCUGCCCCCUUCUCCUGCCCUCCCCAGCCCCUGCCCGCCAUACCGCACGCAACUCGGUAUUAACCCCAAGCUAGUUUUGUAGGAGGGAGCUCUGGCCAUGACUUUAGAUGGGAUUUGUCCAGGGCGCCCCCUCCAGGGCCGGGCGGGGUGGACCAAAGGAACGGAAGCAUCUUAGUGUCCCCUGUGCAUUGAAGAGUGGCCUGGUGGCCGCUGGCUUCCCCUCCCUCCAAGAUGCCAAACUGCCCCAAACAAGAAACAUAGCAGGAAAUAGGUCCUAAUCCAGGCCUAGGCUGACCCGGGCAUCCGGGCUCUCAGGGGCCUUUGGGGGAAGUCAGCCCACCUGCUUCUGUUUCCUCUCCUGCUAAAGACAAACCCACCCAGUUUCUGGAAACAAUACCCUCCUCUGGUUUGGGGAGGAGGGAGCAGCGAGCCCAGGGGGGUGGGCUGGUGUAGGCAAAACAGGCAUUGGGGAAAAGAGGCAGAGCUGACUGGGAGGCUCAGUUUGGAAAAGCAAAUCUAGAUAGCUCACCUGAAAUCGAUUUUUAAAGUUCGCGCAUACACAUACUUCGCAAUGCCGACGCACGCACGCAGGCCUGCUUUCCUGACAUUUGUUUUUCGUGAACACAAAGGCGGGGACAGAUCCUCCUGGCUUUGCUGCAA